AUGCUUGAGAAAACGAACUCGAACUGUCAGUUAGCACACGCUCUGAACUACAACCUGAGCAAUUGCAACAUAGACGACAAAGGCUGGGUGUUUUAUCAUUUGCUUGGGCAAAGGAAGGUGCCUUGCAGUAAAAUGAAGAACUGUAAAUAUGGAGGAAAAACAGUCAUUGAUCUUAACGAUGGACCUGGAUCAGAUCCUUACAAGUGUAGAUGUGAAGAAAAAUACGAAGGGAAUCUUUGUGAAUAUAUUACAGGCCUCUUCUCUGAAUCCACGAUACUCUCUGGAAUACUUCACUUAUAUCAAAAUUUGCUACAAACAUGGAUUGGAAGAAGCUAUAAUACAUUGCUUUGUUGGCGCGCAAGUAGAGACGGAUGGGCAGCAGCUACAUUCCACACAAGAUGUGAUCACAAGAAACCAACUGUUACCUUCAUAAAAGUUGGUGAAUAUAUCUUUGGUUUCUUCGUUACAGAGUCUUGGGAAGGAAGUCGCUACAAGGAAGCUCCGGGUUCUUUCAUUUUCUCGUUACGCAACAAGGAAAACCUAGCUCCAUUUAAAGCUCCAUUGAAAGACGAAAGUCAUGGCAACGCCGUGUGUGCCAAUCCCAGUUAUGGACCAACAAUAGGGGGUGGCCAUGAUAUUCACAUCUCCGACAACGCUCAUUCUAAUACCAACUCAUACACAAACUUCGGGCAUACUUAUGAAGCUGCAGAAAACGUCGGCAAAGACACCAUCCUGGCAGGGACAAAAAAAUUCUCUCCUUCUGAACUGGAAGUGUUUCAUCUUGUAUAAACCCGAACAUAGCGUCGCCUGCAAAAGAAUUUGAGUAUACAACACCGUUUUACUAUUGAUGACAAUAUGUAAAUAUUUUGAAACAAUUUUAUUCUCACAUGCUUACACUCAUCAUCAGGAAGCUUCUCUUCUCGGUAGAAGCCUCUUAAAAAGGCCAUUAGGGUGCUGAGGAUUUAGGACAGCAACCCGACUAGGACAGCUAAAAAUUAAUAUACUUAAAAUAAACUUGUUCCUUUAAUUUCAAUCGUUUGUAAA